UGAUGCUCUGAGGCAGUUCUUAUGCCCAGCUAAGCUGCCAGCGAUGGCGCUGAGUGCCUAGCUCAGGUCAGGGCCGUGCCUGCACCAGGGAGCAGCAAGACUCUCCAAGCCCCCUGCAUCUCCUGUGCAAACCUCACCCCGGCUUUUUUGGUAGGCUCCUUUUCUGUCUUGGGAACCCCCUGCCGAAUCACCCCCAGGCCGCUCCCUGGCCUUUGGCCCUCCCCUCCUGGCUCCAGCAGAAAAGCUCUUGCAGGCUUCUAAAGAUUUGCCCUUUCCCUAGAUUUCUCUCUGGCGCGGUUCUCUGCUUGGGCAAGCCGCUCGCAGCCUCCAGCCCUCAACCAUCUACAGUGCUGGCUGCGAGUGCCAGGUGGUGGAAGCUAGCGCAGGCCUGGUGUCCUCAAACUCGGCUCCUGGGCUCCUGCUGCCACUGACUUAACAGGACGCCCAUGCUGCUGGUCGCCAGCCUGCUAUGGGGGGCCCUCGCCUCCCCCGACACCAGCCUCAACGAUGUCCAGCUCGGCAGUGGCCAGAGCUGCCCGGUGCCCAGGUGGGUCGAGCACGGGCAGGUGGAGCACCUGGCCCGUUACCGGUGCGACCCCUACUACCAACUGCGCAGCCGCGGUGACGGCCUGUACCGAUGUAGCCAGCAGCACGUGUGGGUGAACGAAGCAGCUGGAGAGGUGCUGCCCAUCUGUGAGCCAGUGUGUGGGAAGCCCAAGAACCCGGCCAGACAGGUGCAGCGCAUCAUUGGGGGCAUGAUGGCAGCCAAGAACAGCUUCCCCUGGCAGGGCCGGCUGCUGAGCCGCCACAACCACACCGCGGGGGCCACGCUUAUCAGCGACCAGUGGCUGCUGACGACCGGCAGGAACCUCUACCUGGGCCACAGCGAGAACAGCACGCUGGAAGAAAUCGCCCCCACCCUGCGGCUCUUUCUGGGCCGGGAGACGCCCGCCGGGGCUGUCGAGCGCAUUGUCCUGCACCCUGAGUUCCCAGGGGCUGUGGACCUGGCCCUGCUCAAGCUCAAGCACAAGGUGCCCGUUGGGGAGGCCGUGAUGCCCAUCUGCCUGGCCCAGCAGGACUAUGCAAAGGUGGGGCGGGUGGGCUUUGUCUCUGGCUGGGGCUGGACCGUCCUCCUGGAGCACCCAAAGCAGCUCAAGUACGUCCUGCUGCCCGUGGCCGACAGCGGCAGCUGCCAGGCGUACUACCAGGCGCACUCCCUGCAGCCACUGCAGAACAACCACACCUUCUGCGUUGGCAUGAGCGAGCUGCGUGAGUCCACCUGCCUCGGGGACGCCGGCAGCGCCUUUGCCAUCCACGACCCCGAGGACGACACCUGGUACGCGGCCGGGAUCCUCAGCUUUGACCGCAGCUGCCUGGCUGCUAGGUACGGCGUCUACGUGCGGGUGCUCAGUGUCUUGGACUGGAUCAAGGAGACCAUGGCUGCACACUGACCCCAGGCUGGACACAGCCCUGAUCAAUAAAACCCUCUCCUCACACCCACCCGUGUCUCCUCUCUUCAGCAGCUGCCGAGGGGACCCUGGGCACUCGCCCCCUCCCAGGCUGCAGCAGGAUACAGGGCUGGAGGCACCUGCCCUUGCUCCGCUCUCUGCCCUGCCCUUCCCCCUCCCUCCCAGUGCUGAGUGCCAGACUGCAAGCCCCCGGCGCCUGUGGGUGCCGCCAGGGGGAGAGGCAGGCUGUGCCCUUCUGGGGAGUCCGUCUGUCCCUACCCCCAGCACUCCAAGACCUGGCCACCGACACUGACCCAGACUCCUUCCAAAGCCUCAUGGUGAAAUGUGUAGCAAGGGGGUCAGUUCCCCCUACCAGCACCUGCUAUUUCAGCAGGGCAAGAGCCCGCUGCAUGGGCACCUCACA